UGUACUGCUAAAAUUAUUCUUCUAGCAUUCGUAGAACGGGCGAGAAUGGGGGUGGUAGAAAAUGUGUACCCGACACGAUAUGCUUUCCUCGUUCUCCUGGGAGUAAAUAUGAGCGUGGAAGUGGCGGAAGGUAACAGAGUUUCCUGCAAAAAUAGUCGUGGACAGGACGUUGACUGGUUUAUAUUGUACAAGUUACCCAAAACAAGGAGAGAUGCACGAAAUUACAGAGAACUUAACGGCGGUGAAAUGGCCUACUACGACAUUAAUUCCCGCUCGAAUAAGUGGGAACUGCUCUCUGGAGAUAUAUAUGCCAAGAUAAAUAACCCCGUUUACGAGACCCUGAAGCCCAUUUACAGAGGCCAAAAAAGGCAGCUUCGAAGCCUCGAACAUCAGCAACUUCUAACGCAGGUGCGCGACGCCUACCUCCGCUGGGAGUCGUACAGACCCUUCACCGUUGACAGUGAUCACCACGCCCUCUGCUGGCUGUCUUCUCUUAAGGAUCCCACUGGUCGCCUUGGGCGUUGGACAUUACAACUUCAAGAGUACAGGUACACUGUCGUCUGCAAGUCUUGCCACUUGCAUCAGGACGCCUACUGCCUGUCCCGUUAUCCCGUAGACCCACCAGAACCUACGGCGAACGAUACCAUUCCAUCUGUGCUCGCAAUAACUAACCUCUUCAACAUCUCUGCUGAGCAACGCCGUGACCCGACUCUCCGCAAGAUCACUGACCACCUCAGCUCACCGACUCCUGAUUACUCCCUUCGUCUCUUCGUGAUACGCGAUGGCACCUUGCUUCGUCGCAGUUUCAUACCUGACGGUCCUGACCUCAUGCUUAUGAUUCCGGCACACCUUCGUUCGACUGUUCUGGCCCAGAUUCAUGAUUUGCCGACAGUGGGGCACCUCGGAUUUUCGCGAACCUACGAUCGUGCACGCCAUCGUUUCUACUGGCCAGGAAUGUGUGUAUUGAUGGCGAGUAACAGAGCCGGCAGCGGCACAGUUUGGCUACAGCACAGCGUACCAAGGUUCGUGGAUGACUUGCAAAAGGACUAUGAGUUUCCAGACAAUGGGCGAGAGAAUGGCCAGCUAUUUUUGUGCAUCUCAUUUCAGUUAGAAACGGUGGACAUCAUUGACAUCUACACGCAAGAACUGAGAUACAAGAUGGACGACGACAUUGUAGUUCAGUCAUGGAAGAAUGGCGCAGGCGAGGCUCAACACCAGUUUUGCCAGCGUAACUACAGUGUGACUGACGUAAUGACAGUAAGCAUCAACACCAAGGGUGGACGUGUGUAUUUUUCUAGCCGCGAGGACCACAGCAAGUGGUACGUGACGCGGAAGAAGGCGUUCUUCUGCUUUUCUUCACUGAACCGCAUGAUAAACACAUUCAAGUAG